AUGGAUGAGUUUGAGGAGAACAAAAAGCGGCUAGAGUACCAACAAAAAAUUAUAUUCAGUAAUGUCCUAGUGACAAGAGAAGAUUUGAAUAGCAACAUCAAACAGCAGUACCAGUCGAAACUGAUUGGCAAGUUCGACAGUUCGUGUUACGAGAGAAACAUUGGGCAGUUUCGGGAAGACCAUUUCGAGGAGGAGGUUGCAGAUUUAGACACAGUGGGUGUUGAGGUGAGACGAGGCUGCGAGAAGGUCCAACUACAAGGUAAGGAAGCGAAGGGUGUAGAUUUGGAUGUCUGUAUUGGAUGCCAUAAUGUACUCGUGUGCGGGAUCAACAUGAGAGUUCGAAUUAGCUAUGAGGGGAAGACCAAAAGGGAGAGGAAAAAAAGGGUGAAGUCUAAUGACUGCGAUAAGAGGAGGAGCCUUAUUAUGACAUGCCUUUGUUGUGGAACCGAAAUAAUUGUCAAUGAUGUACUUGAAAGGAGGGGGCUUAAACGGAGAAGGUCUGAUAGAUUGCUGCCCCUUAACACGUUACCACUUGGAGGUAGUUUCAAUGUGAAGGAGCCGGUUCCGGUUAAGAAGGCCAAGAAACGAAAGAAAAACGCCAGUGGACUAAGUGCGCUACUAGAGCGGAAACAAGCACAGGAGUCACAGAGAAGCUCUGGAUUUGGACUCGAGGAUCUCUUCAAAUGA